AUGCAGGGUUUGUGGUCCCGCGCUGUUUCGAAGCAGUCUUCCUGCCGCUGCGUCGGGUGUUUGAGUACUACUGCCAACGGGGUUACUUCGCGGGCAGCAACUGCCAGUAGCAAGAGACGACUUCGAAUUGGAAACUCCGUCACCGCACUCUACGGUAGCAUUUUCGCUGCCGCCGCCCUUGCCGAUGCCAGUGUGAAGGAUCGCCGCCGACAUGACUGGGACGAAAAGAUCGCUGCGGUAAAGGCCGAGGUGAGCGAGUUGGUGGAUGAAGAACAACGCAUUUUGGCGUCAUUACAAUCGCGAAGAGAAACGAGAGGACUCGACCGCCUCAUUCAAGCGGGUGGAUUCGGCUCUAUUCCUCGUUUCCCCCUCGGGUCCCCAUCUUCCACCAACUUCAACAGAUCAAUAAGGGCCUUCCACACGGAACGAGGAAGGUUUAAUGCCGCUGGGGCUCGGUCGGUGGAAAUUCAAUCGGUGGAGGAUGAACACGGAAUCGAUGAGGGGGAUGAGAGCGAGAUUUUCCUUCCACAGGAGACCCUACCCAGCUGGGUCUUGGAGGACGAUCUUCGCCUCAAGGCCAUACAGAAACUUGCUUUAAGGCAAUUCGCCAUCCGAAUCUUGUUACGGCCGGCUAUCGCCCAUCGUUACUCGGGCAUCUCGAUGAAUUACGCUGCCGAUUUCGAGGCUCCCCAAGUGAACGUCUCUCAGCUCCUGGAAGAGUUGAAUCAUAUUCGCAACCGAAUGAUUGCGCUUAAGACGAACAGGGACGCUGUAUACAGUGAUGUGACACAGGAAUAUGCCGCAAGUCAAUUGGGCGAAAUGAAAAGAGAGCGCGAAGCCCUUGAUGCCGAACUCACCAACGACAUCCAAGUAUACACGAGCCAGGAAAUGUCUCUUCAGGAACUGCUUCUGCGGAUAUCUAACAAUAUUCUGAGCUCAAGGGACCCGGAUCGCCCAACGGCUUUCCGGCUCAUGAUCAUGGCAUUCGGCCAGACACGCCAAAACGACCUCGUUGAGCUGCUCCUGCGAACAUUAUUACCCAACCGAUUUUUCCUUAAUCCAUCGCUCGUCAUCACAAUCAUCACUUUCUUCAGGAAGUCUAAGAAUCUGAAGGACUUCGAUUUGUUUUUGAAGAUGCUCGGCGGAGAAGGUUAUUCUGUCAAUUUGGGAAGCAGAGGCGUUUAUAAGCACCGAAAGGUCAAUGGGCUGGACAUUAUUGUUCCGCCUUUGAACAGCAGCAACCCGGUCAUCUAUGCGGCUUUGAUCGGUGCUGCAUUACGGUUUGAUCAACCGGAGCGAGCCGAUGCCUGGCUCCAGGCUGCUCGGGGUGGUGGUUUCUUUGACAGUUGGGAAACUCUGUUUACCUAUCUACGCUUUUACAGCCUUCGACGGGACUGGGAGAAAGGUGCGAACGUUUUGAAAAGAGCUGUGACCUACCUUUUGUCAUCAACCGAUCACCGUCUCGAUUCAGUUGAGAGGUUGCUAGGCCGAAUGGUCGGUCUCUGCGACUCCUGUGACCAGUUAGAUGCAUCGGAUGCAUUAGUAAAGGCCGCCGUGCACAGUGGCUUUGAUCCCAAACUUCUAUCACGACAGUCGGAUUCAGCACCUUUUGUUCACACUGAUCCUAACCGGUGGUCCAAAGCUGCUAAGCACACGCCGAAGGAGAACAUUGACCGUCCCUUGUGGCAAAAGUGCUAUGACUUUGGCAAUACCUUUGGAGAAUAUCUGAGUGAAAUCGAGGUUCCAGCGGAAAACACCUUCUCUCGCCACAAUGCCAGAUUGGCGGACCAGCAUGCAGAUAAUGCUCUUUCAACUGCCCUUGGGCGUGGCCGAACAUCCACAACUAGAAAAGCACAAGCGUCUGCUGCGAAUGCGUCAAAUGACGACAUUGCCACGCUGAAGGACGAGGUCGCCCAUCUCCGUGAACUUGUCUAUGAACUUCGCAAACACCACCUCUCAGACUCCUCAAAAGAUUCCUCCGAUAAGUCGAUCAGCGAAGAACUCCUCCCUCCUUCCACUCAAAACACUACACCUCUCAACACCUCACAACCUCAAAACCCUUCGAUAAGCCACAGCUUCACUAGAACCUCGACGAAGAUCGGACUCGCCAAACCCCAAACUCCCCUUUCAACCCAACAGAUACCACGAAAGCGCAACACGCGGCGCAAAACCCGCGCAAAUAAAACGUCAAUGGACAGCACGGCCCCUAUUGCUGAGAGUCCGCAUUUUUUGCCGGCUGAGAUGUGA